GGCGCUGCGCCUGCGCCCCUGCAACCUGCCGCCCGAGGCCGCCGAGCCGCGGCACUACUACGGCGCGCUGCUGGAGCUCGUGCGCGCCGUGCUCGACGGCAACACGGAGCCCGCCGCCUACGAGGACGCGGCGCGCGAGAUGCUCGGCAUCAAGGCCUACCCCGCCUACACGCUCGACAAGGUCGUCUCCAUCGCCGUCAGGCAGCUGCAGCACUGCGCCUCGGAGCCGUGGUCGGUGCGCGCGGCGGAGCUGGCGGCGCGCGGCAUGCGAGCGGGAGCCGGCUACGUGCGCCGCGCCGCCCGCUACCUGCGCCAGGAUCACACCGCCUUCCUCGUGCGCGUCGUGAGUGCCGCUCAUUCUCAUACACCUUGUCCUUGCUACAACAAUGUCAGCGCCCGUAGAAGCACGGCAGAUACCAACUAUUUACAUGUUCCUCGCGGUGAAAUUUGUAUGCACUUGUACGUUUUACAUAUUUAGUGACAAAACGCGAGAGCGGCGCCUCUCACUUUGGGUAUCUGGCACAUAUCGUUAUCUCUGAUUUGUCAAAGUGGAAAGACUGCGAUGACGAUAUAUUUCAUAUAGAUAUUUUGAUGUCGGGAACCAGUUUGAAGUCGAUUGUUCUUGUUUUUAUAACUAUAUGUUUAUAUAUCUUGUCAUUUCUGCCGAGCGACAAGUGUACCAUGCGAUCAUGAUGAUAACGAUGCGAUGUGCUCCUAGCUGAGUGCCGGUGUUGAACUGUCGCAUGCUGCCUUCCUACUGAUCGUACUGUGUGUGUGUGUGUGUGCGCCGCGCGCUCCCUCACGCCACUCUCCUCAUACGUGUG